UGAAGUAUGACCUUAUAUCUGUUGUACGACGGUUCUUUAUUUUCUAUUCAUCUUUGUAGUAUAUAAGCCACUUACCCAUAAAAAAAUAGCGCCGGUAUUUUAACCAAACCAUGUAAAAUGCAUUUUGAAGUCGAAAAUUUUCAAAUUAUAACAUUGACCUACAUAAUCGUAAAUCAUAACUAUAAAUUUCAAAAACAUUUCUGACAACAUAACACGCAUGUAAAUGUAAACAAUUUUGAUGUUUCGGUUGGUAGAUAUUGUUUGAGGUGUUUUCACAUGUAGCAAAUGUAUUAAAAUCGAAACGCAUCGGAAACCGAACGCACGUGAAAAUGAAAACGUUUUAAUAACUCUAAAUAAAUACGAAUCUUGUCACAUCGAUCAACAAUUUUUUAUCAUACUGAGAUCUUCAAAAUACCAAAGAAGUUUCCGGUUAAUACAAUAUGUAUUAUAUACGCACAAGUGAAUAUUAUAAACUGCGCGAGACGUAAGCUCUCUAUAAUUCGUAUUAGUAGUUUAGCUUAACGUUUGAACCCAUUCAUAAGUUUCUCACGUAGCGUACGGAUGAUACAUGUGUUUGAAAUGAAACAGCUUUGGAAGAGCCGAUUAUUUUUCAGAAUUGUAAACCGAUUGGUUAUCGCUGUUAAAAAAAAAUACAAUACAAGACCGACGGAAAUUCGAUUACGUCGUACGCGAACCCAACCGUAGUUACAAUACGAUACAAGAGCACUUCGAGUGAAUAGAAUUGUAUGAACAAUUGUAAUACAAGUGCAUACUGUCAUAAUACUACCGCGCGUUUAACCGCAAGAAAAAUACCAUAACUGCGCGUGUAACAGCUCGACCUUCACAAGGCACGUGUGCGUGUGCGUCUGUACGAGUAAAUAAAUGUAUAUGGUCAAUUGGAACAGUAUAAUUAUAAUGACGUUACUGAUGUUUCGUUAAGUCAUCCAUUCCGCAGUCCGAUCGCCUAAACGAUUAAUAAAUCGAUCUACAAAAGAGAUAACCGUCAACGCAUGAACUUGACUGGCAGUGCGACGUCGUUUGGCGGUAAUAAUCGAUUCACGUGUGAUCUAUAUGUCGGCGAAAGUAGCGAGCACGAGACGAGAGAGGGUGAACCGAAUGGCAUUAACGACCGCGAGCGGUGUAAGUGUACCGAACAACGGCGGUGGCAGCGGCGGCAACGGUGCAGAAGUGGAAGAAGUAGAAGAAACCUUGAAAACCAGAGGCCGAGGUAAGCGUGCGUCUGCCGGAUCACUAGAACGACGUAGCAAUCGAACGUUUGCGGUGGCGCCCGACGGAUUCUUGUGCAGUGACGACGGCGAAACGGGUAAUCCUCGCGCUAUCAUGGGACCGACCGGCGUGACGGUGCUGUGGACCGCGGUGGCCGCGCUCGCAUUGGCCACGCCCGGCCACGGUAUGGCGUACACCGUGUUCCAGGCGGUGGUCGAGUACUACCGGACGCUGGCGCCGGGGCCGGUGGACGCGGUGCCGGACGCGGCGUACGUGAAACAGCAGUACGACUUCGUGGUGGUGGGUGCGGGCUCGAGCGGCUCCGUAGUGGCCAACCGGCUGACCGAGGUGGCCGGCUGGUCGGUGCUGCUGCUGGAGGCGGGCGGCGAGGAGAACGCGAUGACUGACGUGCCGUUGCUGGUCAGCUACUUGAUCGGUACCGGGUUCGACUGGGACUACCGGACGGAGCGGCAGCCGGGCGCGUGCGGCGCCAUGGUGGACGGUAGGUGCCGGUGGCCGCGCGGCAAGGUAAUGGGCGGCACCAGCGUCAUCAACUACAUGAUGUACACGCGUGGCGUGCCGGACGACUACGACCACUGGGCGCGGCUGGGCAACAGCGGCUGGUCGUACGCGGACGUGCUGCCGUACUUCCGCAAGUCCGAGGACCUGGACGCCCGCAUUCCCGGGGGCUACAACCUGCAGGACCACGUGUCCAUGGCCGGGCUGGUGUUCCUGGUCAACCAGUCGGUGACCAUCGUGGAGAGCCGGUACCGCAGUCCCCGGUAUCUGGCCCAGUACGCGAUCAACGGCAACGGCCCGUACACCGUGCCCGGCGGUGCCGAGGCGGUCGCGUUUACGGCCACGCGGUACGCGGUCAACGGGUCCGUGGUGCCCGACAUGGAGUUAGUGUUCGGACCAGGCGCGCUGACCGGCGACACGGGCGGCUCGCUGCACCGACUGUUCGGCAUGCGCGAAGACUUCUACGAGCGGGUGUACGGCGCGCACCGAGGACACGACGCUUGGGGUCUGGUGCCCAUCCUGCUCAGGCCUCGGAGCCGCGGUCGUGUCAAAUUGCGUUCGGUCAAUCCUUUCCAAGCGCCUCUGUUCUACGCCGGUUACUUGACCGACCGCCGGGAUCGUGAUGUCCUCGUCGAAGGAAUUAAACAGGCGAUCGCGGUGAGCGAAACUCAAGCUUUCCAAAAAUACGGGUCCAAAUUGCUAACGGUGCCAUUCCCGAGCUGCGAACAAGAAACGUUCGGGUCGGACCCGUACUGGGCGUGCGCGGUUGGUCAGUUGACGACCAACCUACAUCAUCAGGUGGGCACAUGUAAAAUGGGACCGGACUCGGACCCGGAAGCUGUCGUGAAUCCCAAGCUCAGGGUUCGCGGAGUCAGUGGUCUCAGAGUAGUCGACGCUUCAAUCAUGCCACUAUUACCGGGAGGCCACACCAACUCGAUAGCAUUCAUGAUCGCUGAAAAAGCAUCCGAUAUGAUCAAAGAAAACUGGCUCAAAUGAUAAAUACCAAAGACAUAAAGUUGAUGAUUACUCACGCAACAAUCACCUGCACUUGAUAGAAGUAAACGAAGAUGAUUAAACGAUACAACACACGAAAUCCUAUAGAAAUAAAUAAGAAGAUAAAUAUUUUUUUAUUCGAUUUUAAAUUGAUGUGUAAUAAGAAGUAAGAUGAACUUCAUUUUAAAUGCUGAUAACUCCAUAUUUUCAUAAUUUUAAAAUCAAAACUUCUCUAGUCGUCUUCUGUUAAAAUUUGUCCGUCUUGAUUCCCUGUUUUUAACAUGUCAUUUUAUAGUCGUUAAACUCCAGAGCGAGUAUUACAAAAACUUAUAUUGAAAGAUAAAAAUUCAUUUGCGGAGUUGUCAAUGACGUUCCGAAUUCGAUACGUUUUUUUACAUCGAAUACAUAGUGUCGAGUAAUUGCCUGGUGAAUAAUUGAUAAAUGAUAAACAAGAUAUAUUUUAAUACUGACUUUAUCUCUUGUAUAAAUAUACCUGCCCCCCCCCCCCCCGUUAUGAAAUGAUUCAUGAUUUUAUGCUUAGAAAUACAUAUUUUGAGAUUUCUAGAAUAUUUCAUUGUAUAUUUCAAAACAAUAUUAAUACAAAAUUUAAGUGCCUAUAAAGUAAUUCGUACCAAAUUUCAACAACGAUAUCUAGGCAAAUUAAAAAUCACCUUCGAUACACCACUGGUACCAAGAAUAUUAUUUUUAGAAGGUUUGUUAUAAAACCGUUUAGGUUUUUAAUUGAAGUAUUAUCUUAAUUUAUCAUACCAACACAUUAUUUAUAUAUUUUGAGCUCCAAUUUUUAUUAGUUGUUAAUAUACUAU